AUGCUUUCGCGGCCUAUUCUGAGAGGCCGCAUUGGCAAGUGGGUACUUGCCUUGUCAGAAUUUUCCCUACAGUAUGUUCCACAGAAGGCGGUUAAGGGGCAAGCCAUCGCUGAUUUUUUGGCCCAUCAUCCUAUGUUGGACGUACCAGAGGUGCGAGAUUUGGAGGUUGUUGCUAAAACAAUAGACCGACCAGACUUGGCGUGCUUGCCGGAGUACGCCGCAUUAUAUCAAGCUACAAUCUCACUCCAACCCUGGGUGCUAUAUUUUGACGGUUCGAGAACCGACACAUUGGCAGGGGCUGGGGUCAUUUUGGAGAAUCUAGCCGGUGAUCGUUUCUCCUAUUCUUUCCAGUUAGAGUUCCAGUGCACUAAUAACCAAGCUGAGUAUGAGGCCCUCAUUAUAGGCCUAGAGGUGUUGCUAGAGCUAGGAGUCAAAGACAUCCAAUUCCGUGGAGACUCUUUACUCGUUAUUAAUCAGCUUCGCGAGAAGUUCAGAUGCAAGAGCUAUUUGCUUGCCCCAUACUUAGAUCAUGCACUUGAGCUCCUGGUCCAAUUUGAUGACGUGGACUUACAACAUAUUCCUCGCGAGCUCAACUUUACUGCCAAUGAACUCGCUCAACUGGCCACAGGUAUCACUUUGAAAUAUGGAGUUCGCUAA